UGACAUUUGUUCAAUCGGGAAUAUUUGUAAACUGUAUGAAUUAUAGCAAGCAAUAACCAUUGGUAAUCAUGUAACAAUCUUGUAGUGAUCAUAUUUAAUUAAGCUAUCAAACAUUUUGUUUAUAAAGGUAUUGUGAUUUCUUUGGUUUUCUGUUUGUUCUUGGGUUGGUGAGAGUCAUUGGACGCCAACCAUAAACUUAUAAACUUUGUGAUGAGACCAAAGACUUCUUGUCUGUGCAAAUGGGCAAAGAGACUGUGAUCAACCAUUGCGAAGCAUCUCCUAAUCUCGUUAACUCCAUUAAUCAUCUUUGAUAUCUUCAUUACAGGAAUCCAAAGACAGUCCAAGAUAUCGUGAAGAUAGGCAUAAAACCAGGUUGGAAUAAAGACACGAAGAUAACAUUUCCCUGAGAAAGGCAACCAAGAACCUGGCGUCUCUCCUGCUGAUCUCACUUUCGUUGUAGACGAGAAACCUCAUCCUGUUUACACAAGAGACCUUAACGAUCUGAUUUUUCAUGAAGAAAGCCUCUUUAAUAGAAGCUUUAACCGGAGUCACAAUCAGCUUAACAACUCUUGACAGGAGGAACUUGACAAUCCCGGUUCUGGAUACUGUAAAACCGGGUCAGGAGAUUGUGAUCACAAACGAAGGAAUGCCAACUAAACACCCUUUGAAAAGAGGAGACCUCAGAGUCGGAUUUGAUGUCUUGUUCCCGUCAAGGCUUACUUCAGAACAGAAGAAUGACCUUAAGAGAGUUCUUCUAUUGUUCAGCUUAUAUGAGAAUAUUGCAAACCAUAACAAUGAACUAAGCUUAAGCAAGAGUUUCACAGAAGACAGAAGUGAAAACUUAUCACAUUUACUGAAUACUGACCUGAACAGAGAUUGCUCAGUAACUCUUGUCUGA